UCUCUCUCUCUCUCUCUCUCUCUCAAGAUGCGUGAAUGUACUAGUCUAAUGCUCCACAGAGGCACCAUCCAGUCCAUGUGAGCCACUUGUCGAGAGAAUUUGAGUCACACCUCCUGCAAGAGCCUGCUUGAAAAAUGGCCCCCACAAAAGAGCAGCAAUGAUUUGGAGCAGAGCCACAGCAGGGAUGAAUCUGUCUGAUGAGUCCUCCUACCAAGAGAAGGAGCUGUUGGGUAACUCCACCUGGGCUUACAACUACUAUCCCCAGAACUACACCCUGCCCCCUCCGCUUCUACCAGACAAGACCAGCAAUCUCAAACCUGCAGCAUGCGAGCAGGUGCACAUCGCUAUCGAGGUCUUUCUGAUUCUGGGUAUCAUCUCCCUGCUGGAAAACAUACUGGUCAUCACAGCCAUAGUAAAGAACAAGAACCUCCACUCACCCAUGUACUUCUUCGUCUGCAGUCUGGCAGUAGCAGACAUGCUGGUGAGUGUUUCCAAUGCCUGGGAGACUAUCAUCAUUUACCUCCUCAACAACAGACAGCUGGUGGUGGAAGAUCACUUCAUCCGACAGAUGGACAAUGUAUUUGACUCUAUGAUCUGCAUCUCUGUCGUGGCAUCAAUGUGCAGCCUGCUAGCCAUCGCUGUGGACAGGUACGUCACUAUCUUCUAUGCUCUGAGAUACCACAACAUCAUGACAGUGAGGAGAGCCGGCUGUAUAAUCGGGGGAAUCUGGACCUUCUGCACAGGCUGCGGGAUCGUCUUCAUCAUCUACUCAGACACCACCCCCGUCAUCAUCUGCCUGGUCUCCAUGUUCUUUGCUAUGCUGCUCAUCAUGGCCUCCCUCUACAGCCACAUGUUCAUGCUGGCGCGUUCGCACGUCAAACGCAUCGCCGCCCUACCCGGCUACAACUCCAUCCACCAGCGGGCCAGCAUGAAGGGGGCCAUUACGCUCACCAUCCUGCUUGGGAUCUUCAUCGUCUGCUGGGCUCCCUUCUUCCUCCACCUGAUCCUGAUGAUCUCAUGUCCACGGAACCUCUACUGCGUGUGCUUCAUGUCCCACUUCAACAUGUACCUCAUCCUCAUCAUGUGCAACUCAGUGAUUGACCCGCUGAUCUAUGCCUUUAGGAGUCAAGAGAUGAGGAAGACUUUUAAGGAGAUCAUCUGUUGUUACAGCCUGAAAAACGCCUGCACCAACAUCUGUGCUCUAACAGGUAAGUACUGAGAGACACAGACUAAGAAAACCAAUGACAGGAUUUGUAGGAUGAACUGACUGAAUCUGACACUGGAGCAUAACCUCAAGAGACUCUAUCAAAACUACACAGUUUGUGAACUGGUUCAUUGCAAUUUUUAACCAGAACAGUGUAUGGUCAAGCACAUUUUUGUCUUUUGUCCAGUAUGAACUGGAGAGGGGACCCUCACAGUAUGUAGGAAGGUUAAACUACUAUCUAAUGUAGGGGUCUUCAACGUUUUUCGGGCCAAGGACCCCCAAACUGGUGUAGCGUGGUGCAGGGACCCCCUACUGCAGUGAUUUUCAACCACUGUGCCACUAGUGUUAAACUUAUUUUUCUUUUUUUUCUUUUCUUUAUUUUCUCCGACAGCACUUGUACUGUACUUAUAACUACCCCCCACGUAUUUUUAACGUUUCAAAAUUAGGCCUAAUUUAAAAAUUUGUACGGUAGUAAAGUGGCCUCCGGUAAAGCAGGUGGCAGUAUUAUAUUUAGCUGAAAAACGUUAUCCACCAGU